AUGGCUGCCUUGUCGGAAACACAAGAGGUAAAUUGAUCAAGUUUCUUCGCCAUGUUUGGCUCUGUUCGGAACAAAAGGAUACUUACACACAUUAACGAUGUGUACAAGAUUCAUGGUUUCUCUAAGAAAUUGUUGAUUUAUUUAUUGCUUUUAAAAAAUCGCUCUCGAUAGUGCGUUGAUUUCAACAGUUUAAAACGCUUUCUCCAUGUUCAUUUGGAUAAUUUAUCGGCCUGUUGUCGUUUUUUUAAAUAGAAAUGCCCUAUACUAGAUCCUCAUCAUAUGCUCCAAAUUUCACUUGGGAAAAAUGUAGAUGCUUAGGAGAAUUGAGAAUUAUAGCGGUCAGGUUGAAUUGGACGAUGAAUUAUUGCCAUUAACUGAUGCCUAUUUUUUGCUCAACGUGCGUUUGAGCACAGGCAGGCGGCAGCAAGUAUCACUGUGUUGUUCCAUUAUGCAACGACGAUGGCUGUUAUAAAAACUUAAUGUUUUAUCGAUUCCCAAGCCCAGUAAGCAGGCCUGAAUUAAGAAAGCAGUGGAUUGCUAAAAUUCGCAGGGAUGAAGGAGAUUAUUUUGAGGUGAGAAUUGCAUCGUCUCCAGUAUUUGUCAAUUUUUUCGUAACCGAGUUAUAUUUUUUAAUAGGCAGAUAUGUCGCCGCCUUAGAAUAUUCACUUCUUAAUUUUCUAGAUAACAGACAGCACAAGCGUUUGUGAGGAGCACUUUUUAGAAGAGAAAAACCGACCUGGACUCGAUAAUUUGGGCCGAAAGAGACUUAAAACAGCGGCAAUACCUACCCAAUUUGCUUGGCAUCGCCCAAAGGCAAGGCAAAAGAUUGAGCGACAUAUUCAGUUACAUCCUGAGUAAGCCAACAAAUAAACUUUUCUUUCACAUACAAAGACCAUUAUUAUGUAAGAAUUUAUUAUGACUGUUAUAAUGAGUUUCAGUUUACUUAUAUUUUGUGGGCUAAGGAAAUAAACUUUAUAAAAACACCCGGACUUUGCAUGAUUAGUGAUCUUGUGAGAUAACAGGUGUCUUAUUUUUUUCUUUAAAAUGUGCUGUUAUUUCUUCCGACAUAAAAUGCUGACGUUGGAAAUCAGAAGUAUAAAAACAUAUAAUCAGGUAUUUGUCAACUUAAUCUUUCUUGUCAUUUUGCUCAAAAGGAGUGAAAGUGAGUCAGGUAGCAGUGAUUGUCAGACGGAGAAGAAGGCUAAAAGAGAAGACAUCCAUCCAGAUGAGCCCAAUGUCAAGGAGCAGCUUGAUGCAGCAAGGGCAGAGAUAAGACAUUUAAAAGCUCAAGUUGAGGCAUUAAAGCUUUAUAAAUUUAGCCUUGAAAGGUUUUCAAUGGAUAAUGAUAGUAUUAAGUUUUGUACAGGCUUUGUCAGUUACCAAUAUCUUGUAACAUUUUAUGAAAUAGUUAAGCCUAGCGCAGAAUCUAUGCAGUAUUGUUACACAAGUAGCAUGUCUUCCAACCCACCUCCUGGUGGUAGAACGAUGGUGCUUAUUGGUGAAUUAUUUCUCUUUUUAUUAAGGAUAAGAUUGGGCCUCCUCCAGCAGGAUUUGGCUCACAGGUUCAAUGUCCAUGAGUCUACUGUAAGCAGAAAAGUUAUCACUUAUGCAAAUUAUUUAUAUUUUUUCCUCGGAGCACAACCAAUAUGGCCUUCAAAAGAAGCUGUGCAAAAACACCUGCCCCAAGAAUUUAGGGUUCGUUAUCCAAAUACUCGUGUUGUGAUUGACUGCAUGGAAAUUAGAGUUCAGGUUCCAUCAUCUCUUCUGUUACAGUCGUAA